UUUACAUUGCCCUUGCAACCAAACGAAGCGCCAGGAAACCUCUUCACGGGAUAGCAAAAGCUUCAUAAGAACGAAAAUGGCGGCAGGUGGAACUCACCCAACCAUGAAAUUUCGAAACCCUAAAACUUCGAGUCUACCAUCACUUUUCUGUAUCCUGCGUAACUUUUCUCUAUGGUCAAUGAAGAAGGACCCAGCACUUGAAUCGGCCCUUUGUCGGAACCGUCGUUGGAUCGUGAACAAUCAGAUUAAGAACAUCAUUCUUCGAUGCCCAAACCAGGUAACUACUGUUGGAUUCAUUCAGAAAAAAUUCAAGACACUCGAUCUACAGGGUAAAGCUCUCAAUUGGUUGAUGAAGUACCCUUGUUGCUUCGAAGUUUAUCGCGAGAAUGACGAACAGUAUUGCCGAUUAACGAAACGGAUGAUAUCUCUAGUGGAAGAGGAAGAAUCAGUGAAAGACCAGCAGGAGACGGUAUUUGUAGAGAGAUUGGCGAAGUUGUUGAUGAUGAGCUCCCGUCGGAAGCUCAAUGUAGUGAAGUUGAAUGAAUUGCAGAGGAAUUUUGGUUUUCCAGAUGAUUAUUUGGUCAGGAUUGUACCCAAGUACACAGACGUGUUCCGGAUUGUUAAUUACAGUGGACGACGAAACUCCAUGGAAAUUGAGCUUGUUUCUUGGAGCCGUAAUUUAGCGAUUUCAGCGAUAGAAAGCCGAGCUCGGGAGCAGCAGACUGAACCUUGCUUUUCUUGUUCGUUGCCCUUGAGCUGGGUUAAAUCGUGGGAGAGAUUUAAUGAAUUUAAUGGGACACCGUAUAUAUCGCCUUACAUAGAAGCUAGGGAGUUUCUGGAGGGAUCUAAAGAAAUGGAGAAGAGGGCAGUGGGUUUGGUACAUGAAUUGCUCUCAUUGACGUUAUGGAAGAAAGCCUCAAUUGUAAAGCUUGAACAUUUUAGCAGAGAGUUUGGCUUACCGGAAAGGUUGAAUGUUCUACUGCUUAAGCAUCCAGGUAUAUUCUAUGUUUCAAAUAAGUAUCAGAUUUACACCGUUGUUCUUAGGGAAGGAUAUUAUGGUUCAGAGCUCAUCAACAAGGACCCUCUAGUUGUUGUGAAGGAGAAAUUCGGGGAGCUGAUGCAGGAAGGGCUUUAUGAAUAUAAUCAAAGACGGCAUGUGCUGAAAUUAGAGAAGAAGAGAAAGAGAGGUGAGGUUUUGGGAAGAUCACAGAACAGAGAGGAAAGGAGUAUCCUUGGAACACCCGAAAAAGAUGAUCAUCCAGGGCAGGGGAGUGCUUUAUACGAUCCAGAAGAAAGAAAGCGGUUCUAUAAAGUUCUCUUUGACGAUGAUACCUCAUAGUAGAUCAGAUACUUGCUGCAGGCAUGACAUAUUAAUCUCCGUUUGCAUUCAUAUACUGACGAUUUUCGUUGGAACAUGAUUAUCCUUCGGUUUGAUCAGGAUGACCAUUCUUUUUCUCAUAAAUUAUUAUUGGUAGACUCAUUACUUAUGCUGUACUUUGCUGAUGGGUUAACUUGUUUCUUUUGCUUCAAUUGCUUUAAAAGUACCCUCAUGUGAGGUUGUAAAGACUCUGGAGAUCAGAAAUGAAUGGAUGGGGAGGGAGAUUGGAAAAAGAUGUCUCUUGUUCUAAGUUGCAAUCUUAGAGAUUUUAUAAGCUCUUAAAAGCCUCAGCUGAAAUGAAGGUGAAGAUGUUUGAUAGUUUCUAUUGCAGCAUGUGCCAACAUGAUUAUGCCAUAAAGAUGACAAGUCGCUUGUGAGGGAUUUUUCUCCUUGUGAGUUAUCAGUGCUGUUCAUGAAGCUCUGGCAGAAAGGGAAGGUCAAUGAGUGCGGUAUUUGUUGAAAAAGCUAGGGCUGACUCAGAGACCUGGGACCUUGCUGAGCAACGAAUGAUCGUCUGUCUUUUGGGGGAGAGACUCCCAACUUGAGUCAUUUAACACAUGAUCAGUCCACUGAAUGCUAACCUAACACUAGCAUUUUCUUAUGAGAAUCGAAUUUACCUUUGAAGACAGUAUAUUUACCUCCUCAAUGACUGCAUUAAGAAUGCUUCUGGUAUCCCGGCUGGCAUUGAAGAUACUAAUGAAGGUAUUGCCCAGAGGUUAUUAGAAAGCUUGAAAUUGUUUAAAGUAUCCUUUGUUCAUGUAUAACAAUGGUUGGGAACCCCACAAAGAUAAAUUGAUAUAUUGCAUUGCUGAAUUGGAUUUUGAACAUUGAAAUUAAUUAUAGUCUUCCUGGAACUAUUUUUUGCA